AUGCUCGUCCUCCACGACCCCGACUGCCUCCUCCACUCCACGGUUGAGUUCAUCGGUGCCGCAGCCAUCCCGGCCCACGAAAGCCCCGAGCGCCUCAAGUCCAUUCUAGCGACGCUCGAGCCUUCGCCUCUGCACGACGUUCACCACCUCAGCUACACCAACCUCCCUUCUUCCGCCAAGAAGGCGCUCCUCACAACCAUCACAGCCAACCAUGACACCGGCUACCUGCAGCACCUCGAGACUGUCUUCUCCGACUGGCGCGACCAUGACCUCGUGCCUGCCGACGGCUCCAUCCUGCCCGAAUGCUGGCGCUUCCCGACCUCGAUCGCCAACUACAACGUCAAUCCCCAGCCGCCGCGCGACAUCUACGCGCGCGCUGGCUUCUACGCCUUUGACAUGUCUUCAGGAAUCAUGAAGGACACAUGGGCCAGCACCAUCGCCUCCGCCAACCUGGCCUACCAAGGCGUGCAGACCUUGUUCCCUCCAAAGUAUCCUACUCCGGUCCUCCAAGAUGAGACUACAGCGGGCCCGGCGCCGCCUCCCCUAAACACACUCCUAACGCUCUGCCGCCCGCCGGGCCACCACUGCGACGGCGCCCGCGCCGGCGGCUACUGCUACAUCAACAACGUCGCCGUCGCCAUUAGCACGUACCGCACGACGCAGCAGCACCCCGACACGCGCGUCGCCGUCCUCGACCUCGACUUCCACCACGGCAACGGCACGCAGGAGCUCUACUACGCCGAUCCCUCGGUCCUGUACGUCAGCAUCCACGGCCAGGAUGAAUUCCCCUACUACACCGGCGCGGAAUCCGAAGUCGGCAUCGGCGCCGGCGAGGGCUUCAACGUCAAUUUACCCCUGCCCGUGGACGCGAGCGUCGAUGCGUAUCUCGACAAAUUGGCGCUGGCAGUGCAGAGGAUCAGGGAGUACAAGCCCGCGUUUGUGGUGGUGAGUCUGGGCUUUGAUACGUAUGAGACGGAUCCGAUUGGGAAGUUUCGCAUUGCGACGGAGGAUUAUGAGGGGAUUGCGAGGCGGGCGAGGGAGGCGCUGGCGAGAGAUGGGGUUGGCGAGUGUAAGAGUUUGGUGGUGCUGGAGGGUGGGUAUGUGGUUGAGAAGCUGGGGGUGAAUUUGUUGAGCUGGCUGAAGGGCUGGGAGAGCCCGGCCGAACAGGAGACGUGA